AUGCUGAACGAGCCUGGGAAUGUGUUUGCCGCGGGAAUGCUGGUAGGCAAAGAAAAUCAGGCUUCCGCUGUAUGUUCUGACUAUGGUCAGCGACUGCUGGAGGCUGUGCAGGAGACGCCAGAGAUCAACGAUUUUCGCAUCCGAUGUCCUGGGAAAUUUAGGUCAAUCUGCUUCCUGCAUUUGUCCUUCGCGAUUGACGUCCCUUUGGACUUAUUCCACGAGUUUAAUAGCUCUGAUCGAAUCGGUAAUGUGCUCUCCGCUGGGCAGAUGUUUUCGCGUUCGCGACGUCAUAACAGAGGUGGUCUUCAGUCUCUACCGCUCACUCCUGGCCUUCUGGAGAAACUUAUUUACCUCAUGACAAUGCUGGAAAAUACUCGUGGAUUUCAAGCAGAGGGCGUGUUCCGCAAAACCGGAAGCCUGACCCAACAGCGCACAGUCACUGAAGCCCUUCUUCACCCAGAUUUCGAUUGCACGACUUUUGCCUGGACCGAUUUCUCUCCCCAUGAACUCGCGGGAGCACUGAAGUCUAUCAUCAGUCACCUGACUCAACCUCUUCUCACCUCUGCACUGACGCCACUCUUCCUUGAAGCCGCACGUCUGUGGGGAUGUGAGGCAGGUGGUGGAGGAGGAAGGGAGGAUAUGUCUCCAAUGGAUUUGCUUGCUUACGGCAAACAGGUGAAGUCUCUGCGUCUCCUGGUUCAGCUGCUGCCCGCUGUGAACCGGUCUUUGUUGAAGCAACUGUUGCGGUUGCUGGGGCUCGUGCUGGAGCACGUAAUGCAGAACCGCAUGACUGGUGUUGCCCUCGGCACGGUUUUUGGACCUAUCUUUGUGCCUUCUGUGUUUGGCGAGGCUAUUAACGAUCCCCAUUGCAAGGACUCUAAUAAUUUCAAAAAGGGCUGUCAAGAGGCUAUUUUGCUCGCAACUCGGCUGAUUGAGCUGAAUGACAAGCUGUUCCUCUUACCAAUCACGCUCCUUGAGGAUAUUCGUCACAACGCUAAAGAACCCUUGAGGCCGGAGGCAAAGAAAAGGCAAGAAGAUAAAGAUACUUCUCGAUGCUCGCCCUAUCGGUGGAGUAGGCGCUCGCGUCGCUCCAGCUCGCCUCUGCAGACCUCCGUUCGCUUCGCGUCUCUCUCCUCUGUCUCGGCCUCCGUUACCUCGCUGCAGACCCCUCCACCACCGGGGGCCGUCAUCAGGGACGUCUCCAGCACCACUCCCUCCACCGCCACCUCCACCAACAAUAAUGGUAGACGGCAGAAAGCAGUUCACGGGGUUGCCAUCUUUGGCUACUCGCUGGACUUAGCUGACAAACCCGGCGUAUUGCACUUGCCUGAAGUACUGCGUGCAGGCAGAUUUCACUAG